CGCAAGACCUCAGCUCUACACAAAUCUAUUGUGGCACUCAGCAAGAUAAUACGGUCAGUCAAGAGGACACUAGAUAUGAGAAUGGUUCUGGUAUCAAUAUAGAGCAGAUUAGGCAUGUUGACGAGGCCACAUUAACUGAAUGGGUACAAGUAGCAAAGCAUGAUUUGAAAGCUAUGAGAUUGCAAGAAAGGCUUAAAGAUGAUAAGCAG